UACACCACGAGCAAUUGGAUGCAACUAGUGUCAUACAGUUAGUAUUCCGAGGUGUUACAUGGUGAAAACAUCAACAUAGUAAUUCAAAUUAAAAAAAUUUUCUCAAUUUUCUCUCUCUCUCUCUUCUUCUAAACUUCAAGAUUGCGAUCAUAUUUAAGAUAUAUUAAGUAUAAUCUAACUGUGAAAGGAAACGAAGAAGAAAUUAUUAAAACAUUAUGAGGUAUAAACACAUCAUUCUUGUCGGUGCAUCACUAAUUAUGACGCUGUGCAUACUUUCCGGACUUAUGUACUACUUCAAUCAAGACAAGUGUCCUGUCGGUACGUUCCUCUGUCAUAAGAGCACUAUAUGUAUGCCGCAACGUAGCUGGUGCAAUGGUAUACCGGAUUGUCCAUUUGGCGACGAUGAAGACAUGGAAAAUUGCUUUGACAUGCACGGAACGUGGGAUUGGUUUAUGAAAGACAGAGACUGGGAAAACUUGGAAAAUUGCGAUGCAUUCGAGGACGCACUAGAUGACGAUAGAUGUGUCUAUGAUGUAUGUCGUGUGUCUUGUACGAAUUAUACCGAAAUACCUCAGAAAUUGUCAUCAAACGUCACAGCGAUUUUUUUAGCCGAAAAUUUACUUACGCAUUUGUCUCGUAAUGCAUUAUCGAAAUAUCCAAAGAUACGCUUACUAUAUCUCGAUAAUAAUAAUAUAGUCGAAUUGGAAAAAGGAGCAUUCCUCCACCAAACUGAAUUGUUUUGGUUAGUUCUCACGAAUAAUAGGAUCAAGGAAAUAUUACGUGGACAUUUAACGGGAUUGGAUAAAUUGGAAACCCUGAGGCUGGAUCAAAAUAAAAUUGCGACGGCAAAUUUUUCUGAUUUGGAAAAUAGCACCACUGUGUACUUGAUAGAUCUGAGCAAGAACAUGUUGACGGAAUCUACCCUCAAACUACCACAAUUACCGACAUUGGGAGAAAUAAUAUUAGAUGGAAAUCGCUUCGAGUCGAUAACGGAAGAUUUAUUCGCCGGAUGCCCCGCUUUGAAAUCACUGAGUAUGGAGGACAAUAGCAUAACCAACAUCAAUGAGAACGCGUUCCGAAAUUUGCAACAACUUGUUGAGCUUAACUUGGCCUACAACAGGAUAGUCAUGAUACCGUCAAACGUAUUCCAGCCUGUAAAUAAUUUAUCGAAGUUAUUAAUUGGUUACAAUCCUAUCGUCGAAUUACCAAUGACGCUCUUUAAUCCACUGAACAAUCUUCGCUCUUUAGGUGUCGAGGAUAUAAACAUGGACAAUAUGGAAAAGAACGCAUUCGAUAUAUUUCCAAAACUUGAUUUCGUAUACUUCAAAAAAUUUCACUACUGCAUGACCUAUGCACCAAAGGUACAAAAAUGCAGACCCAUUAGUGAUGGUGUGUCGUCGACAUCCCAUUUGCUGAGUAAAUCUCUAUUAAGAGCUGCUGUUUGGAGCAUAUCUUGUGUCACUUGUCUCGGUAAUAGUCUUGUUCUUUGGGGAAGAUUCACCGCCAAGGAUGAAAACCGUGUUUUAAGUAUUAUUAUCAGAAAUCUUGCAGUGUCCGACAUGUUGAUGGGAAUAUAUCUCUUCAUAAUCGCUAUAGAAGACGCAAGGUUCCGCGAUAACUACCAACAGGAAGCGAGUACGUGGAUGUCCUCGUGGUCCUGUACGCUUCUUGGAGCGCUGGCAAUGAUGUCAUCUGAGGUUUCUGUGUUCAUCCUGUCAUUCAUGUCCGUGGAGCGAUUUAUUUUGAUCGCAGCACCUUUGAAAGGCCAUCGCACCAUGACUUUUCAAGCUGCAUCCUCGUCGAUGAUUGUCAUCUGGAUUAUCGGAUUUAUCCUUGCUCUUAUGCCAGUAAUCCACUGGAGAAGCAGCACGAGAUACUAUGGUGUCAAUGGAAUGUGCUUUCCUCUACACAUAGACGAUCCAUAUCUAAUAGGCUGGGAAUACUCGGCCUUUAUCUUCCUGGGACUUAAUCUCCUCGGAUUGAUGAUUAUUGGUUACGUUUACGCUGCCAUGUUCGCCAGCAUUUGGAGAACACGCCACGCCACACCGUUAUCGGUCGGCGAUUCCGAGUUUGCUCUCAGAUUCUUUCUAAUCGUAUUGACAGAUGCGGCGUGUUGGGCACCGAUCAUAGGAUUGAAGAUUCUCGCCAUGAUGAACUAUCCUGUGCCACCUGAUUUGCACGCUUGGGUAGUGAUCUUCAUUCUGCCAGUGAAUAGCGCGAUUAAUCCGUUGUUAUAUACUUUUACCACGCCGAAAUUUCGUGAGAGGUUCAACGAGAGUUGGUUCGGAAGAAUGCGCAUAUAUAUGUCGAGGAAAUAUUCCAGACAAGAUUCACAGGAAUCGGCCUGCCAACAAAAGACCACCAACAAAACUACAAUUACUGAUAAAAACGCGACUUAAUUAUUACCCAUCUGGACUAAACAUAAUAAAGAGAAGAGAAGAAUACCACCGUUCGUCGAUUUUAGCAAUGAAAAGAUUUUAUUCGAAAAGUAGAGUUAAAAAUUAAUAAACUCGUCUAAUAAAUAUAUAUUGAGCUCCUUAAAUGUUACAUAAAUUACUAUCGCCGAUAUUUUUUUGUGCGCAUAACAGAUAGUUAUAAAUGUAGUUAUA